AUGUCUGCUUCACCUUUAUCACUGGUCAUUGCUGAUAUUGUCGAAUUUUUCAAUGUGACUUGGAGUCAUAUGCAGAAACAUUAUCAAUGUAGCGCAAUGUCGCUGUGCAGAGACCCCAAGUACCAAGAUCUCAAAAGUUUUGUGGAAGUCAAUGAGAAGGACAAACUAAGCAUCUACGAGCAACUUCUCAGUGAUCCAGACAGGUUUAACAAGUAUACCCGUACCAUUGACACUCCCGAUGGCACCGUGCUUUUCGACUUUUCUAAACAUCGAAUAUCUGACACCACAUUCGAGAAAUUGAUAGAUUUGGCUAAAUCUAGAAAUGUGGAGUCGAUGCGCGCAGCUAUGUUCGGUGGCGAGCGCAUUAAUUUCACCGAGAAUCGCGCUGUACUACAUAUCGCUCUUAGGAACAGAAGCAACACACCCAUAUCCGUAAACGGAAAAGACGUGAUGCCUGGAGUGAAUGAAGUACUAGAUCAUAUGAAAGAAUUUUGCCAUCAAAUAAUCGAGGGUCAGUGGACUGGUUAUACUGGAAAGAAGAUCACGGAUGUUGUCAAUAUCGGCAUUGGUGGAUCUGAUCUUGGUCCCUUGAUGGUUUGUGAAGCUCUGCGUCAUUAUCAAAUUGGGCCUAACGUACAUUUCGUGAGCAACGUGGAUGGAACUCACAUUGCAGAGGUUACAAAGAAGCUUAAUCCAGAGACAACACUGUUCAUCAUCGCAUCAAAAACCUUCACGACUCAAGAAACUAUAACAAAUGCCGAGACUGCGAAGGAGUGGUUCUUGAGAAAGGCAGGGGAUAAGUCAGCCGUAGCAAAACAUUUUGUCGCGUUGUCAACCAAUGUACCAAAGGCGCAAGAAUUUGGUAUCAAUCCCUCAAACAUGUUUGAGUUUUGGGAUUGGGUAGGAGGAAGAUAUUCGUUGUGGUCCGCCAUAGGUCUAUCCAUCGCUGUACACGUCGGUUUCGAAAAUUUCGAGAAAUUGCUUGAAGGAGCUCACGCAGCAGAUCAGCACUUCGUCAACCAACCGCUUGACCAAAACGUACCGAUCAUCAUGGCUCUGUUGGGCGUUUUGUACGGAAACAUAUAUGGCGCUGAGACCCAUGCUUUACUUCCCUAUGAUCAAUACCUCCACCGCUUCGCUGCUUAUUUCCAACAAGGUGAUAUGGAAAGCAACGGAAAAUUUGUAACAAGAGAAGGAAAUCGUGUGGACUAUUCCACUGGACCCAUUGUGUGGGGAGAGCCAGGUACCAACGGUCAGCAUGCGUUCUAUCAGUUAAUCCAUCAGGGAACUAGACUGAUCCCCUGCGAUUUCAUCGCGCCUGCUAAAACGCUUAAUCCUGUUCGCAAUGGGCUGCAUCAUCAAAUUCUUCUCGCGAAUUUCUUAGCUCAAACGGAAGCCCUCAUGAAAGGUAAAAGCCGGGAAGAGGCAGAGGCGGAAUUGAAAGCCGCAAAUACGCCGCCUGAAAGAAUUGAAAAGAUCCUUCCACAUAAGGUUUUCGAGGGAAAUCGUCCUACAACUUCUAUCGUGCUUCCAGUAGUUAGUCCCUUCACUCUCGGCUUGCUAAUUGCGCUUUACGAACAUAAGAUCUUUGUCCAAGGAGUCAUCUGGGAUAUCAACAGUUAUGAUCAGUGGGGAGUUGAACUGGGAAAACAACUGGCCAAGGUCAUACAACCAGAGCUCGCGUCUGCUGCCACUAUCACCUCGCAUGAUGUCUCCACUAAUGGCCUGAUUAACUUCAUAAAAAUGGCUGGUUAUGCCCUGAAACGACUCAUGACGGAAUAUAAAGAACUUACCAGUCGACCUCCUGAAGGAAUCCUAGCUGCACCACUAGAUGAAGAUAAUUUUUUUGAGUGGGAAUGUCUAAUAACUGGUCCAGAAGACACGUGCUUUGCCAAUGGUGUGUUCCCAGCCAGGAUCUCUUUCCCACAAGACUAUCCACUUAGUCCUCCAAAAAUGAGGUUUACUUGUGACCUUUUCCAUCCAAACAUCUACCAGGAUGGAAGAGUUUGCAUUUCAAUUUUGCACGCACCGGGGGAUGAUCCCACAGGUUACGAGAGCUCAUCAGAGAGGUGGAGUCCCGUGCAAUCUAUCGAAAAGAUCCUACUAAGCGUCGUUAGCAUGCUGGCUGAGCCAAAUGAUGAAUCUCCAGCGAAUGUGAAUGCUGCGAAAAUGUGGCGAGAGGAUCGUCAACAGUUUGAAAAAAUCGCCGACAAUCUUGUCCGGAAAACGCUUUGUCUUCCACAAUCAGAGUCGUAGUCAGAAUGAACUCUUACACCGAAUUAUCGGGUGUUAAUCAUCAUAAGCAUAUGUAUCGUUCAACUGUGAGCCUUUUAUGGAAUAAAACUAUGCUUAUGUGCU